AUGCUGGUGAAGCCAAGCAAAAUCAGAAUAUAUUCAAUCGAAGAGAAAAGAGAAAAAAAAACGCUUUUAAUGGUGAUGAAACGUAAGAAAAAUGCUGGGCCACAACAUAAAAAACAUUCAUUAUUUAAAUUAUUUAAUCAAAUGGUGACGUUCGUAGAUUUUACAGACAGUAAAUAUGUGCCAAAUGUAUUCUUAAACUUUUCCUUCUUUUUUACUAUGACAAAAGCUUUAAUGUGUAUUGUGUAA